GACGUUCGUUCCCAGAAUACAUUGCGCGCAGGUGUCAUGGCGGCUCUCUAGGCAACGUCUGCGUGUGUUUAUUAUUGUUCAUCAACCUCUCUAAUUCUCUCUCUGAGGUGAAUCUUCACUUCACUAGUGAAGUUAACACAUCUUUAACAACCUCUGACGACAUCGCGGAUACCCUAAACGUCUGCAGCGCGUGUCGUAGGCUUUUCUUUACUUAUAUGCUAAGUUAAGCUAGCUAGCGGCUGUGUAUGACGUUCUAAAGCGAGCACUAUGACCACACAAUACAGUAUAAUAUUCAAGCAGGAGCAUGCUCACGAGGAUUCGAUCUGGACGUCGGCGUGGGGUCGCAGCGAGAAGGAUGGAUCAGAAACCAUCAUCACUGGUUCUCUGGAUGACCUCGUGAAAGUGUGGAAAUGGACGGAUGAAAAGCUUGAGCUACAGUGGACCCUCGAGGGUCACCAGCUGGGUGUCGUCUCAGUGGACAUCAGUCAAAACGGGGCACUCGCUGCCUCCAGCUCUCUAGACGCUCACAUUCGUCUUUGGGACCUGGAGACGGGCAAACAGAUUAAGUCUUUGGAUGCAGGCCCAGUUGAUGCCUGGUCUGUGGCAUUUUCCCCGGACUCUAAGUACAUCGCCACCGGCAGCCAUCUUGGGAAGGUCAACAUCUUUGGUGUGGAGAGCGCGAAAAAGGAGCACUCGCUGGACACCAGAGGGAAAUUCAUUUUGAGCAUUGCUUAUAGUCCAGAUGGAAAGUAUUUAGCCAGUGGUGCCAUUGACGGAAUUAUUAACAUCUUUGAUAUCGCGACUGGGAAACUCCUGCACACGCUGGAAGGUCAUGCCAUGCCCAUCAGAUCUCUAACCUUCUCUCCUGACUCUCAGCUGCUGGUUACGGCAUCCGAUGAUGGAUACAUCAAGAUUUAUGACGUGCAGCACGCUAAACUGGCCGGGACGCUCAGCGGUCACGGCUCCUGGGUGCUCAGUGUGGCCUUUUCACCUGAUGACACACACUUUGUGUCCAGCUCAUCAGAUAAGAGUGUAAAGGUUUGGGACACCAACAGCAGAUCGUGUGUGAACACUUUCUUUGAUCAUCAGGAUCAGGUUUGGAGUGUUAAAUAUAACCCAACGGGCUCAAAGAUCGUCUCGGCAGGCGAUGACAGAGCCAUCCACAUAUACGACUGUCCCAUGUGAAGAAUCGCUCGAAUGUGGCCUGUUGAAGGUUUAGAAAACCCACACAAAAUACAGGAAAGUUUUUUUUAUUUUGUGGUUUCAUCAACAUCUGUAUAUGGAGAUACAAAUAAAUGUUCGUUUUUUUCUAAA